GCGAUUGGCCGCCAAGUCGGCAAUCCGGCGCCGCGUAAUGAGAACGUAAUCCAUUCAUGCAUACAGUUACAGACACUGUGCAGCCACGGCGUUGAUCACACAACUAUUAGAACCAUGGUCCUGAAACUGUACGGAGUAUCCGAUGGCCCUCCAUCCCUGUCGGUGCGGCAGGCACUCACGCACCUCCAGAUUCCCUUCGAGCUGGUCAGCGUAGACUUCGGGGCUGGAGACCACAUGACGCCGGAGUAUGCUUUGAUGAACCCUCAAAAAGAAAUCCCGGUGUUGGAUGAUGAUGGCUUCUUCUUGGGAGAAAGCAACGCAAUUUUGCAAUAUGUUUGCGACAAAUUCAAGCCAGAGUCGCCCCUGUAUCCUAAAGAACCUAAAGCAAGGGCUCUCGUGAAUCAUAGGCUGUGUUUCAACCUGUCAACUUAUUACGCAAAUAUUUCUGCGUAUACGAUGGCUCCCAUAUUCUUCGACUACGAGCGUACUCCCCUCGGCCUGAAGAAGGUACACAUUGCCCUUAACGUGUUCGAGACGUACCUGGAACGCCUGGGGACCAGCCACGCGGCGGCUGACCACCUCACCAUAGCCGACUUCCAGCUCAUUAACUCCACCAUGACUCUUGAAGCCAUCGAUUUCGACUUUAGCAAAUACAAGAGAAUACACAAAUGGUACAAAGAUUUCAAAAAGGAUUACCCUGAUCUUUGGAAGAUAUCCGAGGGAGCCAUGAAGGAGAUCCAGCACUUCGCUGCUAAUCCGCCAGACCUGACCCACAUGGACCACCCUAUUCAUCCAAUCCGCAAAAUUAACAAAUAAAUCCUACUUUUAACAUUUGUGAUAUAAAUUAAUGUAACAUUUUUUAA